ACAAAUAAAAACGUUGGAUUUUUAAAACAACAAAGAUAGGCUUUGUAGAUGUUUUCAAAGAAUAUUAUUUUCACGGCAUAUUAUCGUUUGCAAAGAUAUUCAAUUUCAUUUUAAUGUGAUAUUGAUUUUGUACACGCUUAAAUACCAUGACAUGUGAGACAGUACUAUUUACUGAGUACAUGUACUACAGAAACAAUGACUACGUUAUUUCUCUUGAUAUGCUUGGUUUUCUUGUCCUUGUCCGGUGCCAAUGUUCCCAAAACUCAUAUGUUUAUAAAAGGGCAUAUGAAAGAAUCUUUGAAAAAACUACCUUGGAAGUGGACCCAUAAGAAAACGUCGUAUAAAGUGAAAACCCCUCUUACUAUUGGGUAGAUGUUGUGUCGAGUUACAAAGUCAGCGCAGAUGCAGUUGGUGUUGAAGGAAUCUUUAACACAAGUCACUUCAAACGCCAGCACCGUGACUGUGCUAGCAUUCUUAAGAUUGACCCUGAGGUAAAUGGACGUGACGGAGUGUUUACUAUUUAUCCUGAUGGUAACACAGAGAAGAUAGUUUUCUGUGACAUGACUACAGAAGGGGGUGGAUGGACGGUUAUUCAGCGAAGAAUACAUACGGGAACUACAAUUUUUUACCGAACAUGGAAAGACUAUAAGACAGGCUUUGGGCACGCAGGAUCGGAUUAUUGGUUAGGCAACGAUGCAAUUCACACUCUGUCCUCCCGUUCAGCACAAGAACUGUUGGUAGAGCUAGAACAGUUUACCGGAGCUAAAGCAUAUGCCAGAUACUCCAAGUUUGCCAUUGAUGAUGAGAAAAACAAGUACAAAUUGUCAAUCAGCGGAUAUAGUGGAAAUGCAGGUGAUGGAUUAAAAUAUCAUAACGGACAGUUCUUUGCUACAAAGGACAGACCUGGCUCUACAAACUGUCCUAUCACUUACCAAGGUGCCUGGUGGAAUUAUAGUAAUUGCUAUAAGUCAAAUCUCAACGGUCCUUACCACAAGGCAGCCUCCAACACAUACAAAGCAAUUGUGUGGAUUCCGUGGAAAGAUAAAACAGCCUUGAAAUCAACACGGAUGAUGAUUCGUCCAAAGAAAUAACCACAUAUGCUACCUUUCGAGAAAAUGUCUAUGCACAUCCUAAAUUCAUUUUCCUGUAGAGGUGUUACACCGAAACUUUCUGUUUUUAAAUAA